AUGGACCAAGCAGACUCGAGCUACGCAGAGAGACCCGCCAAACGCGUGCGGCAGGCCUGUGAACCAUGCAGACGCAAGAAAGCAAAGUGCCCCGGCGAACAGCCGGUCUGUUCCCUGUGUGCCAGACUCAGGCAGCAGUGUGUUUAUGCGGAGGAACGACGUCGUCCCGCGUUAGAGGAGGCUUCGAAGCAUAAUGGUGCCGCAGCGCCUGUGUCCCACACGUUGGAGGACCGGAUCAAGAGUUUGGAUGGCAAGCUUAGUGCCGUCCUUGACCACCUCGGUUCCGCCUCGAGAAAUGAAUCUUCGGAAUCUCUUCUCCCGAUGAUGGGAUCAUCCGUCACAAAUCUCUCCGUUGUUCUACCGCCCUGGGAUGAGAUAAUUCCUGUCGCCGAGUUAUAUCUCUCGUACUGUGAUUCACAGCCUUUGCCCCUGUUCCACCGGAGCAGCUUCCUGGCGAGUCUGCCGAUACGCGAUGUCGAGAUCAUCUAUGCGAUUCUGGCGCUCGGUCUCCGAUUCUCGGAUACAUAUCACGACGCCAGGGAGCUUGCAGAGCAAGUCAAUAGCUAUGCAGAAGUAGCCAGGGGGCUUGUGAUGAAACGAGUUUCCGAGGGCCCGGUUGAAAUUUCGACUCUCCAGUGCUUGUGUCUUCUAGGCCUGGUCGACUUUACCAAUGGAAAUACACAUCGCUCAAGCAUUCACAGCAGCCUUGCAAUGAACCUAGCACAAUGUGCCAAUCUCGGCAUAGAGACUCGACCUCCAUCAGACCCGAUCGUCCGAGAAGAACGCCGACGCUGCUUCUGGAGCAUCUGUCUUUUGAAGCGCCUACACGGCAGCGAAUUCUCCAUAUUAGAUCCCCCCGACGUGACAGGUCCGCCAUAUCCCCAGAGCCCAGGCAGACCUCCACGAAUCAUGUCACCAGGCCCCUCAAUUUCAGGAAAUCGACGAAGCACCAUCCAAGACCAGGGUAUCAACGCCUACGUGAUAAUGCUCAGCGAAGCAUUCGCCAGAACAUUGCGAUACGUCCAACACCGCGGACGACCUGGUAAAGUCCCACCAUGGUCCCCAGACUCAGAAUACUCCAAAAUCCUAGCACUACAAAUGGAAAUGGAGACUCGCAUGCCGCACACACACCGAUACAAAUCCGCCAACCUCAACGACAGAUCACUGGAAGAACUCCAGGCCCACCGCGAAUACUGGGGACCAUGGUUCCUGAAUCAAUUCCUCUACCAUACAAUCCUCUGCGUCCUAAACCACCCGCUCCUCCUCUCGCUCAGCCUGCGAACCUUCCGCAGCACAAUCCCCGAGAUAUUCCUCCAACAUACCUCUGACCUAAUCUCAUCGCACACAACCUGGAUAAUCCACUUCAUAAACUACCUAACCGAAAAGUCGUUCAGAGUCUCCGACCCAGUCCUCGGCUACAGUGCGGCCGUAGUCGCAACAAUCGAACUCCAACUAAGCUUCACCGAAAAUGCCGCCAUCCGCUCAGAAAAACGCUCAAGGUUCACCAAAUGCGUCACCUUCGUCCAAGCAAUCGGCCAAACAUGGCCACACAUGGCCCGACUCGCACGCAAACUUGUCCACCUCGAAGACGCCGUCUCGGCAACAUACCAACCAGACCUCGAUACGCAAAACCAAAGUCUCCUCAUUGACCUCUCCCGGUUCUGGGAAAUUCUCGAGUACUCCUCGAACAGCGAUGCGGACUCCGCGCGUCGUUUAUUCGGUGAAUCACUCUGUACUGGCCCGCCGCCCGUCACGGCCGAGGUCUCGCAGACGUCGCCGCUACCUGCGCCGAGUCGGUUGAAUGCGCAGGAUGAAUCGGAUUCGCGGGGGCAGAGGCAGGGUUUUGCAGGCUCGCCGUUCCCUGGGGUGCAGGGGUAUGCGGGGGCGUCUGAGUUGGUUUCCCGGAGCAGUUGA